AUGGAUGCCAGUGAUCGAGGUCUCUGCGCACUUUUUCCGGCACAUAAGCAGUUCUUCCAGCUUGAAUUCGACCACGCUCAACGGGAGCUGAUUCGAGAAUUCAAUCAGAGUGGUAACAACGAAUUCGGUAUCAAUGUUAGAGAACUAAUGAGUGUCGUAUAUGCUGCUUUGAUUUGGGGAAGUUCGUGGACGAGCGGCGACGAGGAUCCCGAGUCGCACGUGAAGUUCUGGAUUGAUAACAUGUCGGCUGUAGCCUGGAGCAACAAGAGGUUUAGCAGGAAUCCCUUCGCGCAAAUGCUGCUUCGUAUCGUCAGUCUCUGUGCAAAUCCCGGACGACUGGCGAAAUCUCUCGCGUCUCUGGGAGCGUUAUUGCGAGCAGGAGCUCUAGCGCAGUCGACACGCCCUAAGUACAGCGCGGCGUGGUCUCAAUGGGUCAGGUGGUGCGGCAUGAUGAAUUUCGACCCAUGGCUGACGGAGGCCGACGUCAGCCACAACACGAUGCAGCUUGGCGCAUACGCAGUCUAUCUGUGGCAGUUCGGCAUGAAUCGUGCUAAUACGGGUAAUUCCUACUCGACAAUAUGCGGCAAGCUCUGCGCGAUCCGUUGGCACCACCGGAACUUAGCAGGAUACGAUCCCGGAGUUAAUGCCAGUCACGCGAUUCUUCUCCGUGAAAUUCGUCGAUUUACUAACCCGGUCACCAAGCAACAGCCCUUGACUGCGCGUAUGUUUCGAAUUAUCUUUUCCGACAUGAACCUCUCACUUCCGCGCAACCAAUUAUUGUGGGGUGGCCUUUUACUCGGAUAUUUUUUCAUGUUGAGAAGGUCGGAAUACUUGUUUAUUGGGAACAAAGUCCAUAGAUAUAUCGUCCGUCUGUCAGCUAUAACGUUUGUCGACGAUAUGUGCCAGCCGACGACUACCCGCAAGACAACCAUGGUGGGUUUAAAACUAAAAGGAGCAAAGAAUAACCAGUUUGGAAGAGAGGAAGUGCGCUACCACCACAAGUCCGGCGACAAAAUACUUUGCCCAGUUCGAGUAGCGAGAUGGAUUCACCGAGGAGCACGCGCAUUCAAGACGGCAGCGGAUGCCCCAGCGCUAUCACUACAGAACGGCGGUAUCACUGCGGACGAAGUAGCGACGGUGAUACGAAGAGCGGCAGCAAGACUGGGAUUUGAACCCUCGCGCUUCUCAACUCACUCAGUGCGGAUCAGAGGUGCAACGGCCUUGCUCAACUUGGGGACGGAUCGCCUCCUUAUCAAGCUGAUGGGGAGAUGGCUUUCCAAUGCUUUCGAGGCCUACCCAGUGCUCAGUGCAAAAGGCUCUGCAGAAAUGUCCACGAGAAUGUGCUAA